AAACUUAAGACGAAUUUGGGCUUAAUUUGCGCCGACGUCGGCGACCGGAGGGCGAACUUUAGGAGGUCGGCUGGAAUCCGAGCCUCCCACGCUGAAAUUACGGCCGGUUGGGCCGAAGCGGCGAUAUUUAAGUCCCUGGCCACCCGAAGGAACGGAGAUGCUCCUACCUCUUUGACUCUUCACACCAGAUCUGGAGGCGCCCUCGCGUCAAUAGCCCCUCUCCGCACUCGAUGGCCUCAGUUCCAGCCGCCGACGUCGACCAGGGACCGACGAUGGACGGGACAGAAGUGGACGAUAACCUCAUGGGGGCUGGGAACUCAGACAUGGCUAUAAAGAUUGUCACUGAACCUUCUAAACUACCAAAUAGCCUCCUCAAACCUUCACGUACCGAUGCAAUAGUAAUUGGAUUUGACUGUCAGGGUAUUGAUGGCAUCAGUAUCUUGCUGCUUGCGUUGCCCGAUGCUGUCUACUUAGUUGAUGCUAUUAAGGGUGGACAAGAGUUAGUUCAAGCUUGCAAGAUUGCACUUGAAUCGAUUGCCAUCACCAAAGUAAUUCAUGACUGCAGGCGUCACAGCAAGACACUUUUUGAUCAAUAUGGCAUCAGACUUCGUAAUGUGAUGGACACCCAGGUUUUAUAUUCUGUAUUGCAAGAGAGGAAAUGGGAAAAGCCAGAACAUGACCGCAUAUCUCUCUUUGCUAUUCGUCGCUACCAUGAAAUGACAUGUGCUGCAGAACAAAGGCUCAAAAUGCUGCCUUGUCAGGAAUGGGCGAGAAGGCCCUUAUCUAAAGUCAUGAUCGAAAUGGCUAGGGAUUACGUGUCCUUCCUUCCUGCUUUACAUGCUAUAAUAAUAAAGAACUUAAGCAAGUCAUCUUUAUGGCAAGUGGCAGUUCAAAGUGAUGAACUUUCAAGACAUUAUUAUUCGCCAAUUUCUGUCAUGUUUGGGCCUGGAUCAUGUCUUAAUGAUGAACCGGUAGAGGCAUAUACAAAUCGGUGUGCUACUACAUUGUGUUACACCAUCGAUACUGAGCUUGAAAUUCUUGUUGCCACAGAUGACGGAAGAUUCCUAUUGGCCGGAUUUUUUAAAUACCUAAUUAGUAUGCUGCUUAAAAGAAAGAGCUGGAAAGCCUGUUUUCAGUUGCAAAACCUUGUCAUUCGAAAUAAGGAAUUCAUAAUCUCGAUUCCGCCUACUCACGAAGCCAGUUUGAAGAAUGCAUUCCUUGAUCUGCAGAGAAUGCUGAGCCUUCUCCUUCCUUAUUUCUUAAGAAAUAACAGAUAUGCAAAUUACAUCUCUAGCCUCAUUACGGUCAUUGAUAAAUAUUCAAUUGAAAUUGAUGAUUCUGAUUUGGUGAAAUUUCUUUCGGAAUUACUUGGUCACAUGUCAUUUAAUUCACCAGUUGACAAUUCAAGCCUACUUUUUCAUCUGAUCACCAUAUAUAAUAAUAUGCUGCCGGAAGCCGAUAAGAUUAUUUUUGAGCAUGCUGUGAACAGAGCCCAGUUUUUUGAUGAAUCUGGUCAACAAAUUGAUUGGAGAGAAAUGGCAUGGCGAAAGGCUUUAUUGAUUAGUGAUAAUGUUUCCACCACUCCAGUGAGAAAGGUUCAUACUUUCUUUGCAGACUCGAUGUUAUGUCCUGUUUUUAACAGGCACUUUAAAGAGCAUGUGGCUGAAUCAGCAUCUGCAAUUCAAACACCUGAAGAAUUGGACAUCUUUGGACACUUCUAUGGAAAUUUUACGGCUCAAGCUGUGAUGGCAAUCUUUAUGGCAUUCAAUCCUGGCGACAACAAGGAGUACACACAUAUGGACAUACUUUGUUCUUUUCUUUUCUGUUUUGAUAGAUAUUUCACUUGGAUGUUAUGUUCUGUAGGAUUGAUAAUCUUCGUGAUAAUCUUCGCAGAUGUAGAAUCUAGAAUGUGAAAAAUCCUGGCCAAGGCAGUAUGUUUUGGGAAGUUCAAGGUCAAGAAAUCCUCUUAAUAGGGAUCAUGACCCUUUUUCGAUGGAAGAGCGAGUUGAUGAUGCUGAUGGUUUUUCUUCCCUAGAUUCAAUGGAGGAUGAUUUUGGUUAAAGAUAUUUGGCUGAGGAAGCUGUUAGUUUUCAGACAGUGAAAUAGUAUUGCUAUUUGUGGAUAAGCUCGCCAGCUAUAGCAAUUAUUGUUGCACUGAUUUGCUAUUUUUGGUGCUAAAUUUGACAGUCUUAUUUGCCCAUCUUCGAUUGAAGUAUGUGCUGUGAUCUGAUGCAGCUAUUUUUGAAUUCUUAUAUUCUGUACUGUUUUUCAUGACUGGCAAUUUAAAUUAGUGUGAUCCGAUGCAGUUAUUUUUUA